AUGACUUUCCUUCCAAAGUGGCUAACUUUUCUAAAAGGCAAAGAGGUUGUUAUUGCUAAUGCUAUAAUUGCAAUAUUAACAAUUGGUGGGCAGCAACUCUUCUCUUUCUUUACGUUCAGCUGUCCCUGUCACGUGGGGCAGAACCUCAUCUAUGGGCUGGCCUUCCUAGGUGUUCCUGCACUGAUCCUUCUGGUUGUUGGCUAUGCUCUGAACAACCAGACUUGGAGGCUGGUCACAGGCAAAAGGUCUCCGCUUCAGGCAGAGGGCACGCAGAACCAGCUGCUGCAAUGCAAACUGACCUGCUUUGUCCUGUGCAGCAUCACUGGCAGAGCACUGGUCGCUCCUGUAACGUGGCUAGCAGUCACCCUGAUAAAUGGGUCCUACUAUGUGUGUGCCAUGAGCGAGUAUGUCUCUGUAUAUUAUUAUGGAGCUAAUCCUAACGUUACUGCUAGUGAACGCAAAAAGAUACUGGCUGCGUUCCCUUGCAGUCAGUUAGUUCCUCCAGAGCUGAGCCAGGCAAGAGAUGAAGUGAUUCUCCUACUCCGAUACCAGUCACAAGUGGCUGGCUGGCUUCUGAUCGCUGUGGUAGUCAUCACCGUCUUCCUGUCUUACUGCCUGGCAAGCUGCUUCUCCCCGCUCAGCUUCCUACACUUCAGAUACUGGACCAGCUAUGUCCAUAAUGAGCAGGAGCUCUUUGAUGAAGCGACAGACCAGCACUCCAAGCUCUAUGCCAUCCAGCACAUAAGGAAGUUUUUUGGCUUUGUCCCAGGGAGUGAAAACGUAGGAGAAAUCCGUAUCCCAUCUCUCAGAGAGUGGCAAGCCAUUUCUGGACUGGCUUUCCUAAAACUGGUGGAUGAGGAGCAUUAUGACUACAGUCUCCUCCAUGACUGGGCGCUCAAGGGUUCGGUAGACAGGAAAUACCUGAAGCUUGAUGAAGACCCUGUGACCACCACUUAG